AUGUUUUCUUUCUUUCUAGUGUCAACUGAAAUUCCUACUUCCACCUCAUCUGCAUAUCCCAGUGAUGAUUUUUCAUCUACAAUUCAAACAAAAGAUUUUAUUGGUCUUACUAUUGGCAUUAUUUUAGUUUUAUUCGUUAUUCUCAUGGUUGUUAUCUGUAAAUGGUCACAAUGUUCAUGUUUAAAAAAGCGCAACAACGCUCAUCAUUCAAUUCUUCCACCGGCAUCAACAACAACAACAACGUCGACACCUCUCCAUCAUCAAGAAUCGGAUAUGUUACGUCGAUCAUUUAAUACUGCUCACAAUCAAAAUUAUUCUUCACCUAGAUUUCGUUUAGAUAACAUCGUUCCACCACAGGUACCAUUGAAGACAGCAACGUUACAUAUACAACCACAUGUUGUACCACGAAUAUCGAUUAGUCCACAAGUUUCAGGAUCAUCGCUUACUAAUCAACAGUAUACACCAUACAAAUAA